CUACAAGCCCCAGCGAAGAAAUCUCCGCUUGUUCCUCUCCUCCUUGGCCAAUGCAAAGCAUGCGAGCGGCGCGCGCCUCGUAGAACCCUCUGCUUCCAUCCACCGCCGCAACCCCAACUCCCGAAUCCCAGUCCUCCUAAUCCUCCCAUGGCGUGGCUGCACGCCGCGGCCGCAGCCAUGGUCGUGGCGGCCCUCAUCGUAGCCGUGGCCGUGGUCAUCCCGCGGCCCGCGGCGGCGUCCGGGGUCGGGGUGAACUGGGGCACGAUGAUGUCGCACCCGAUGCACCCGGCCGCGGUGGUCCGCAUGCUGGCGGCCAACGGCGUCGACCGGGUGAAGAUGUUCGACGCCGACCCCUGGACGGUCUCCGCGCUCGCCGGCUCCGGGGUCCAGGCCAUGCUCGCCGUCCCCAACGACCACCUCGCCUCCGUCGCCCGCGACCGCCGCCGCGCCCGCGACUGGGUCCGCGACAACGUCACCCGCAACCUCCACGACGGCGUCGACAUCAGGUAUGUGGCUGUUGGCAAUGAACCUUUUCUGAAGAGCUACAAUGGCAGCUUCAUCAACAUUACCUUUCCUGCACUCAAGAAUAUUCAGAGAGCUCUAGAUGAGGCUGGUUUACUUGUCAAGGCAGUUGUUCCCCUGAAUGCUGAUGUCUACAAUUCCCCUGAGAAUAAUCCAGUGCCAUCUGCUGGGAAUUUCCGCAGGGAUAUCAACGCUCUCAUGGUUGACAUUGUCAAUUUCCUCCAUAGGAAUGAUGCACCCUUUGUUGUCAACAUCUACCCAUAUCUCAGCCUAUACCAGAAUGCAAACUUCCCACUAAAUUUCUCCUUCUUUGAUGGUGGUAGCAAACCAGUUUAUGACAAAGGAAUGGUGUACACCAACGUGUUCGAUGCCAACUUCGAUACUCUUGUUUGGUCAUUAAGGAAAGCUGGAGUGCCGGACAUGAAAAUUAUAGUAGGUGAGAUUGGCUGGCCAACAGAUGGUGAUAAGAAUGCUAAUGUCAAAUAUGCACAGAAGUUCUAUGAUGGUUUUCUGAAAAAGAUUUCCAAAAAUGUUGGGACGCCUCUCAGACCUGGUCGCAUGGAAGCCUACCUAUUUGCAUUGAUCGAUGAGAACCAGAAGAGCGUGCUGCCUGGGCGCUUUGAACGCCACUGGGGAUUAUUCACAUAUGAUGGAAAACCAAAGUUCUCUAUGGAUCUCAGUGGAAAUGGCCAAAACAAGUUUCUGUUUGGAGUUGAAGGAGUGCAGUACUUGCCAUCCCAGUGGUGUGUUUUCAACAAGGAUGCAAAGGAUAAAUACAGAGAUCUGCCAGCCUCUGUAAACUAUGCAUGCUCAAAUGCAGAUUGCACACCACUGGGCUAUGGGUCCUCAUGCAAUGGUCUCAGCCAUGAUGGUAACAUAUCAUAUGCAUUCAACAUAUACUUUCAAACAAUGGACCAGGAUGUUAGAGCAUGUUCUUUUGGAGGCCUUGCAAAGAUCGUGACGACAAAUGCAUCUCAAGGAGGAUGUGUAUUUCCAGUGCAGAUUCUGAGUGCUUCAGAAAGAAUGGUCCCGCUGAGACUUUUGGCAGUGUCCUUGGUUCUUUCUGUAGCUGUAUUUGUUCUCAUAUAGAGAGGGAGGACAGUACUGGUACAUCAAGUAGUCGAAGCUGUACAUGACAGAGGAAAUAGCGUAGAAUUGCGAAGGCAUUUUUGCCCCGUUGUAUUUCAAGAAUCAAGACAAAUCUGGUGGGUGAUUGAAGAUAAAGUUUAUUUCCAGUCGGCAAUCUUUUUGACAAAACCAGUCGAAGUCUUACAAGACAACAAAUGUAAAUUUCUGGAUAUUUUGCCACAUCAAUUGCCAAGCUGGCUGCUGAUAUUCUGCAGCAGCAUCCAGCACGACCUUCAGGCUUCUGGUCGAUACGAAAAACGUUGCUGAUACCUGCCUGUUUACUGGCCAAUAGUCGCCCGUGUAUGAAACGAGCAGUUUGCUUGGUUUUAACUAUCCCGUGUUUGCAGAUUUGAUCUUUUGAUGUGUGAACUUCACGAAAGAAAUAUAUACAUUCAGCAUUGCAGUCAUA